CUGAGAUUAAAGUCAGAAUGAAUCUGCUCCUUACGGUGAAACAUACGAAACAAAAUGUGGGAAGUUACCAAAAGUAAAAAAGUGAGAGUUUCGACUUUAAACUCAGAAUUCUAAACAAAAAGGUCAGAAUUCAGCUUCAGGCUAGUCAAAGGAAAGUCUGCAUUCCCCUCUCCAGCAUCACUCCCUCUCACAGACGAUCUUUGAUGCAUGCCUCGUCAUCUUUCCACAUUGCGCGUACUGAUGAUGUCAGCAGCAGGCGACGGGACAGCCUAUGGUCGGCAGCGGCGGCGGCAGGCUAACAGAGAUGGCUGCGGGCAUGGAGCGGAGCCGAGGCGGCGGAGCUGGGUGUCCCCGGACAGGGAAGAGCUGGUGGCGGCUCGCGGUGCUCCUGCUCUCCGUGAGCUCCCUGCCGGCGGCCUCCGGGCUGGUGGAGGGCCUGUACUGCGGCACCGAGGUCUGCUACGAUGUGCUCGGAGUCUCCCGGGAGGCCGUCAAGCUGGAUAUCGCCCGGGCUUACCGGCAGCUGGCCCGCCGGUACCAUCCGGACCGGUUCAGGCCCGGAGAGCCCGUCUAUGAGGGAGAGACCCGGGAGUCCGCCCACACGAAGUUCCUGCUCAUCGCCACCGCGUACGAGACACUGAAGGAUGAGGAGACUCGGCGGGACUACGACUACAUGCUGGACCACCCCGAGGAGUACUACCAGCACUACUACACCUACUACAGGAGGCAGCUCACCCCCAAGGUGGACGUGAGGAUCGUCAUCCUGGUCACCAUCUGCGCCAUCUCCAUCUUCCAGUUCUACAGCUGGCACAGCAGCUACAAUGAGGCCAUCAACUACCUGGUGACGGUGCCCAAGUACCGGAUCCAGGCCACGGAGAUCGCCAAGCAGCAGGGGCUCCUCAACCGCAGCAAGGAGAAGGGGAAGAACCGGCGCUCCAAGGAGGAGAUCCGGGAGCAGGAGGAGGAGGUGAUCCGGGACAUCAUCAAGACCAAGAUCGACAUCAAGGGAGGCUACCAGAAGCCCAACCUGUCCGACAUCCUGCUCUGCCAGAUGGUGCUCUUCCCCUAUUACCUGACCACCUACCUGAGCUGGUACGCCUCAUGGAUUUAUCGCUUCACCCUCUGCAGGGAGGAGUACGGAGAGGAGGAGAAGGUCUACCUCAUCAGUUCAGUGCGUACUCAGCCCUCACCCGGUCUCCUCAGGAGGAACAUGAAGAUGUCUCAGUCUCAGUUCGACAGUCUGGAUGAAAGCUCCAAGCAGACGUUCCUGGAGAAGCGGCUGUGGAUCAAAGAUAACUACGAGGUGCACCGGAAGCAGCAGGAGGAAGAGAUGAAAGUGAAGAUGGCGACCGACCCGAGGAUGAAGAGGUACCGGCGCUGGAUGAAGAGCGAGGGGCCGGGCCGGCUGACGUUCAUUGACGACUGAAGCCCCCCCCCCCCCCCCGCUCUGUCUGUCACAUACACACUGCCUCAGUGCCAACACACACGUGGUGUGCAGAAAGAUCACCUAUGCCUGUUUAUAGAGAGAGAUAUUUUCAUAGCCACUUCUGAGUGGAAUAAACUUUGUGGGGGGGCUUCAGAUUUAUCAUUUGUUUCAUCAUGCAAUUUUUUCCCCCAAAUUCAAUGUUAUUGAUAUCUUUUGUUUUUGUCCUGCCGGUAAAAGCAGACGAUGAAUGAGUAGUGGUGUCUGCGUUUUUGUACGACGGCUUUCAGCUCACUGACAUCAAACAGCUGCGAGACGAUAAGAGCCAGAACCACGAGGAAACCCUCUGACUGCCACCUGCUCACUCUCAAAGGGAGAGCAGUAGCAUUUAUUUCUCACAUGAUGAAUGCAUCAGGGCCAGGGAGUAUUCUUGAGAACAGUGAUGUUUGGUUAAAUCCUCACUUUGUAUUCCCUGUGUACCAGGAUCUUAGCUCUGUCCAAAGUGAGAAAACACACCUUCAACAACUGCAAAGCUUUGUGUGUGUCAUGCUCUUAACCUGUACUGAACACGUGUUAAAAAAGGAAACAUGACUUGCUACAAGAUACAAGAAGGAAGUGGUGAAGAGAUGAAAUGAUAUCCAUCUUCUCACGUUGUUGACCACAGCAACAUGAGCUGCAGAUCCUCUGUUGGAGCGUUGCUAUCAGAACAAAAUGUCUUGCUGUGUAAUGGAAGCCAAAGUCAUAGCUGCCUGUUUGUGUAAACUGUGAAUGGCAGAUAUUUAUCACAAGCACUUUGGUAUUGUGUUUUCUGCUGUUUCUACAGAAGUCCAAGAGUUUGUUUUAAAUGAUGUUAUUUAUUGCCUCACAUUUCUCUGUUCAUUUGGGGUCUUUGGUGUUGAGGCGGCUAAAAUCAUUCUGUAACAACACCCUCAUACAGUCUGUGGUAUGAACAAAAUGUAGUUUUUUAAUAAAUACAUUUAAAAACAG